UCGAGCCGCCGCGCAGGUACCAAGCCUAGCCUACAGGGUGUCCACAUAAAGCAGAGGAAGGGCCAGGCCAAGGCCGCCGCCAAGUUCGAGCCGUUCCAGUUCCGCGACCAGCUCGUGCACCACCUCGCGUCGUGCCCGCCGUCCGACUACGACUCGAUCUCGGCCAAGCUCGACGCGCUCGCGUCGCAGCUCGACUACCGCAAGUAUGAGGAGCAGCUGUUCCAGAUCCUGCUCGUCGGCGCCGUGCUCGCCCCGGGCGGCAGCAUCGUCGAGGACGGCGUCGAGCGGUGCACGUUCAGCAUCGCGACGACCGGCGGCGACAGCGACAAGGUCGACCUCGCCGAGAUGAAGAAGGCGACGGCCGUCUUUGAGCGUCUCAUGCGCCGCUACAAGUACCUCCAGCACGAGUUCAGCGAGAACUACCUCAAGCAGGUGUUGGGCUACGCCGGCAAGUUUGCGCCCGUCGAGCAGGAGCGCCUCGCCGCCGCGACCGCCCUCUUCGUCCAGGCCGACCUCGUCCCGGCCAGCGUCGUCGGCGCCGUCAGGACCGACUGGAACGUCAAGAAUGGAAUCGCCCAGCCGUUCCUCGUCAACUUCUUCAAGACGCUCGUCGCCAUCAAGGAGCCGCUCGAGCCCGUCCUGUCGUCGUUCCGCAAGGCCGGCCUCGCCGAGCUCGACACGUUCUUCCCGACCAACAAGCGCGCCGAGGUCGUCCCGACCCUGCGCUCGAGCGGCGUCGUCGCCGUCGCCGACUGGUACGCCAAGGGCAAGGCGACCCAGAUCCGCGACGAGGUGACCAAGAAGGUCAAGGGGCUCGUCGGCGAGCACGCCGACCCGGACGAGAUCCUCGGCGUCCUGCAGCCCAUCCACUCGCGCUCGGUCCCGGCGAUCGUGUCCGAGACCGACUUUAUCGCGCUCGUCUUCCUCGCGCUCGUCUCUCGCAUCGACCUCAACGCCGAGGGCCCCGUCGUCGUCGACGAGGCCGUCAUCCAGGUCAAGGAGUACUCGCCUGUGCUCGAGCCGUUCACGCAGCGCGCCGUUGCCGAGGUCGCCCUCGUCAACACGAUCCAGGUGUGGUGCCACGACAACCCCAAGGUCGGGCCGGCGUUCCCUCGCCUGCUCAAGACGCUCGUCGGCGCCGACAUCCUCUCGACGGGCCCGCUCGUGUACUGGUACACCAAGGGCCACAAGGCGCAGGGCGCCGAGCAGCUGCGCGCCAAGGCGGCGCCGCUCAUCAAGUUCCUCCAGGAGCAGGACGAGGAGGACGACAGUGAGGAGGACGAGAGCGAGUGA